AUGGGCAAAAUGACAUUCAUGUUAGACGACGACAAACAGAGGCAACGGCACGAAUCGGCGGAUCUGAUCGUCGGCUGUGACGGCGCCUUCUCGUCGGUGAGACGAGCGAUGGUUAAACUGAUUCGCUUUAAUUACAGCCAACAAUAUAUAGAGCACGGAUACAUCGAACUCAAUAUACCUCCCAAUGAAAGUGGCGAUUACGCCAUGGAAGUCAAUUAUCUGCACAUAUGGCCCAGGAGUUCGUUCAUGAUGAUCGCGCUGCCCAACCUCGACCAUAGUUUCACAGUUACCCUGUCGAUUGCGUGCGGGCUCUGA